CUUCUCUUUUCCAUGUUUACUCCUUUUUGGACCGGAGUAUCCUGUCUCCUUUUUCACAUAUAUCGUUCCUUAUUCAUUCUGCUUCACCAUCGACACUUUUCGCUCAGGCUCAACCAUAUCAAUUCCACGGUCUCUCUCUCUCUCCUUAAAUAUCUAGGUUUCGAUUCUCUUCCUGCAUUUGCAUUCAAACUUUAGAUGCACAGUAGCGCAAUAACAGAGCCUCUGUUAAUCAUUUUCAAGCUUCCAUUUAUAGCUUGAGUUGGAAUUGCCAUCCGAUCUGACUUCGUUUCGCAGGGUUUGUACUUGAUUAUUGCACAAUUUUGUUCUUCGAUUAAGAAAUUUGGUAGGAUUCGUUGUUUCAUGCGGUUAGGGUUCUAGAAACGAAAAUUUUCAUUUGUUGCUAAGGGGAUUAGGGCUUUCUGUGGAAUUUAGGGUUACAAGUAUAUCUAUGGCGGCUGGUAGACAUGGAGGUUAUCGUGACAACGAGUUUAGGGACCGUGAGUCCAAUUUUGAUGUUUCAAGGCGGGUUUUUAAUAAUAAUUCUAGACAAGAGUAUGAUAGUAUGACGAAUGGUAGCCGCGAUGUUGUGAGGGUUGGGAGCAAGGAUGCAAGAGAUAGGAUUAGACUGAGGCAGAAAGAUAUUAGGGAGAGGGAAGCUCCAAAUGGUAGCUAUUUGAGUAAGAGUGACUCUGGCGGUAGCGGCGGUUGUAGUUGUGGAUUUGGUCCCAGAAGAUGUGGGUUUUCUGUUAAGACUAUGGAUAGAGAGCCGGGUGAGCUUUCUAGUGAGAGUGGGUCCGAUGAUGAUGGUAUUGAAUCAGGAUCACAGGAAAAAUACUGUGAGGUUGCAACAAGUGAAGGAAACUGUGCACGAUCUCCGCUAGAGAGGAAAAGAAAAUUUUCUCCAAUAGUAUGGGAUCAGGAUGACAACGAAGUCAAUAAUUUAUCCAAACUCAGGGUUGUCACAGCAGUGACUACUCUGCCUCCACUUCCAAGAGUCCAUCUGUCACCUAAUGUUCCGGAUAGAGGAGUUGAAACUCAUCCUGUCAAACACACAGAGGCUGAGAUUCUUGAGUUACCAACUGUAACUAAUCCUCCUUUGCUGUCUGAGUCAGAUCAGGAUGCUGAGUCUGAGUCUCCUGUUGGUUUGCAUUCAUUGUUGCCAGAUCAGGAAGCCAAGCGACCUGAAGGUGAAGAUUAUAUUCCAACUCAUAACAUAUCAUCUUCAAGAUGGGCUGCUGGAGAUAACUCUCCUGGUGAUGAAGGUGAAAUAAAUGAUGACAAGGAAAUCCUUAAGAGGAGGAAGCUAUCUCCUGAGCUGGGUAUGAGAGUAAGAAACAGGAUGUCAAGACUAGAGGAAUCUAACAUAGAAGAUUUUGUAGGAGCUAGAGCCAAAUCAUCUGAAUCUGAAGAAAGAGGUAGCCAUGGGAGAUUAUCCAGUGGAGAUUAUUGUCCUGGUAACAUGUCAAGGAAGGAUGAUUAUAUGGAGAUUGAUGGUCAAGGUAGCAGAAGUGAAGCUAGUGGUUAUCAUUCAGAUACAGAUUUGGAAGAUGAUAGCAGAGAAACUUCUGAACCUCCGGUUCCACCACAAAGAGUUGCCAACAUGCUUCAGGGUUGUAGAAGUGUUGAUGAGUUUGAGAGACUGAACAAGAUAGAUGAAGGAACAUAUGGUGUCGUGUUUAGGGCCAAAGAUAAGAAGACUGAUGAAAUUGUGGCAUUGAAAAAGGUGAAGAUGGAGAAGGAAAAAGAAGGUUUUCCACUGACUUCUCUCAGGGAAAUAAACAUUCUUCUUUCCUUUCACCACCCAUCCAUAGUUGAUGUUAAAGAAGUAGUGGUAGGAAGUAACCUUGAUAGUAUUUUCAUGGUUAUGGAAUACAUGGAACAUGAUCUUAAAGGACUAAUGGAGGCAAUGAAGCAGCCCUUUAGCCAGAGUGAAGUAAAGUGCUUAAUGCUCCAGCUUUUAGAAGGUGUGAAGUAUCUUCAUGGCAACUGGGUGCUUCAUAGGGAUUUGAAGACUUCUAACCUGCUUCUGAAUAAUAGGGGUGAGUUAAAAAUUUGUGAUUUUGGAUUGGCUCGUCAAUAUGGGAGCCCAUUGAAACCAUAUACACACCUGGUGGUUACUCUUUGGUACAGGGCUCCUGAACUUCUUCUCGGGACAAAACAGUAUUCAACAGCCAUUGACAUGUGGUCUCUGGGUUGUAUAAUGGCUGAGCUAUUGUCCAAGGAACCACUGUUUAAUGGGAGGACUGAAUUUGAACAACUUGACAAGAUUUUCAGAAUUCUUGGCACACCAAAUGAAACAAUUUGGCCUGGGUUCUCAGAAUUACCCCGAGUCAAGGUUAAUUUUGUCAAGAAUAAGUAUAAUCUCCUGCACAAAAAAUUUCCUGCAACAUCAGUCACCGGAUCACCAGUUCUUUCUGAUUCUGGAUUUGAUUUGUUGAACAAGCUUCUAACUUAUGACCCUGUAAAGCGGAUCACGGCUGAAGAAGCUCUAAACCAUGAGUGGUUUCGUGAAGUUCCCCUUCCGAAGUCUAAAGAAUUUAUGCCUACAUUCCCUGCUCAACAUGCUCAGGACAGGCGAAUGAGGAAAAUAUUAAAGAGUCCAGAUCCAUUAGCAAAGCAACACUGGAAGGAGAUGCAGCAGGGUGAAUCAGGGACUGGUGGUAUUUUUGGUUAAGAAUGGUGCAAUUUAAUUUUUGGUUCACAAUAAUCAUUCUAACAUGGUCUGCUCAAUGGUUGCACACUUGAGGUGAGAGUAAGCGCCAAAUGGACAUUGCUUAUUUUGAUUGUUAGACAAUCACUUGUGCGAUUUUUUUAUCUGGCAUUUCUUGUUGGUUUGUGUCGAGAAAUGUAUUCUUUAAUUCCUUGGAGCCAUAUCUAUUUCAGGUUAACCUCUUUAUGCUUUAUCAUUAUAUUGAAAUGCACAUAGGGCACAGCUUGCGCAUAAAGUGUGGCAUAUUUGCCUUCUGAAAAUAGUAAUAGUCAGUAUCUGCUGAAAGUUGUAUAUGUAACAUUUUCAUUUUGACUGUAAUCAAUUUAAACUGGUUUUGAGUAUUAAAGCAACAUGUAUUUUCUCAUAGUUAUGAGUUCUUUUGCUUUUUUAAUGUUCAUAUCAUGUUUGCAAGAGACAGUUGUCACAUGAAGUGGAAGAGUGCAUUCUGUCCAUUUAGUUGAAGAAAAUGACAGUAACUUUUUAAUUCCAAGGUAAUGCAUUUCUUUGAUAUCUUGGAUAUUAAGGAAUGAUGAUUAUAUUUGCCAGUCUGAGAGAUGAUGUCUAUAAGCCAGUGUCACUCUGUAACAUGGUCUGAUGUUUAACGUGUAUACAAAUGGCUAUUGCUUCAAGGAACCUAUUCUUUUUUUUAUGCAAAAUUAAUUGUUUAACUGUAAUUUAUUUAUUUGCAGUAAUUACUGUAUGUUGAAGUUUCUUACAUAUAAAUCUAACUGGAAUUAAUGAUUUUGGAAGAAUGUCAUGAAUUCUUUCGGUUAAAAAUUAGUACCAUUCAAGAAGGUUAGUACUUGAGUGCAGGUUUCUUUGUUCAUAAGUUGCCUUCUGGUUGGAGCUUCAAAUUGUGACCAGUGAAUCAUCAAUAUAUAUGGGAAUGAGAAUUUUUUUUUUCUUUAUACCUAAUGUUCUGAAAAAUUUUCAAUCUUUCAUAGAAUUUUGUAUUUGAAACAAUUUUUGCACCUUUAUUUUGUUAUUCCUUUCUCAUGAAAAGAAAUGUGCAAUAUCAGCCUGUUAAUCUCUAAGUGUAUUGUAGUACUGAAGAGUAUUAACUAAUACUGAAAUGCAAAUUAAAUAAAAAAAGCUAAACUUAUUAUCAUAUCUAUGCAUCAUGUAAGGGUUAAAGUUUUCACAAGUCCAAGAAUUCUUUUAUGACAUUGAUGUGCAAAUGUCACUGCAGUAUCAAAGCUAGCAGGUUGAGGAUGUUACCUGUAUACCUGGAAUAUAUGGAACUUUGUUCCAUCAGGCUCUCUAGAGGUACCAUGCAAACCUUGGUCUGUUAUAACUUGUGAUUAUAUUAUAUUUAUUAUACAUUUCUGAAGUUCUUUUUAAGAUCAUAAACAUUUAUUUAUUUUUUCUGUGCAUGUUCUAGUAAUCCCUUGUGUAGUUUUAUUCAUAUUUUCUAGAAUAAUAGUGAAGGAUAUUGAUGGAUUUGCAGUUUAGUGCUGGCUAAAAUGUGUAGAUAAAUUGAUGUUCAAUUGUAUGAUUCGGUAGUAACUCUUAGAAAAAGCAACUUUAUUAAAAGGGUUAUCCAGGAUGUUGGCUAUGAAGUUUUGCCUGAGCUAAUUGGGAGAGAAUUGAUCUCAGUCUGGAUUUUAAAUGUAAUAGUUUGGUAUCUUGGGCAAUGUACAAGUUGUUUGUUUGUUAAA